AUUGGUAAAGGAACAAACAAAUACUAGUAAUGAUACUACCGUUGAUGCAAGUGAUCAUGAAGAUGAUUCUAGUGAUAACAAUGAGAACAGUGAUGGUGCUGACAGUGAUAGUAACACAACUGCCACAGAUCUCCCGUUGUCCUCAUCAUUCCGUUCCUUGUCGUUUAAUAGUGAACCCAAAGAUUCACAAUCAAGCUCGGCAUCCCAAGUUAGUGCUGCAACUCAAUUACCCAGUAUAAACGAUGCAUUGCGACUAUUAAAUCAAUCGCCAAUUCCUUCAAAAAAUUGAAUGAUUAUCAAUUUUUGAGUAAUAAAAUAAAUCAGACGUCUGACAGCUUGAAAAUUUUGCUCUCAACUGCUGACGAAGGAUCAAUUGAUGACGAUGGUGAAAAUUUUCGUUCAUUAAUUGAAAAGCUGCACGAUAAAUUCAAUGAUAAAGAAACAGAAAAGUCUUUAAAGAUACAAAUCUUAACCUUGUUACCUGAAAAAUGGGGUGAAAGACGUAUUUGUAAAACUAUGAAUACAUCAAGACAUUUAUCAAGGGUAGCAAAAAAGUUGGUUGAAGAAAAAGGUAUACUUUCAACACCUGAAACAAAAUUAGGGACGACAAUUACUGAUCAAAUAUUAUUGAAAAUUGCGAAUUUUUACAACGAUGAUGAGUAUAGUGCUUUGAUGCCCGGCAUGAAAGACUUUGUUUCAGUUCGAAAUGAUGAUGGUAAUCGGGUACACGUCCAAAAACGGCUUGUUCUGUCUAAUUUAAAAGAACUUUACCAAUGUUUCCGUGAAAUAAACCCUGCAGAGAAAGUUGGAUUUUCGAAAUUUGCUUCGUUACGGCCGAAACAUUGUGUGUUAGCAGGAGCAAGUGGAACGCAUACUAUCUGUGUAUGUACUAUCCAUCAAAACUUAAAGUUGAUGAUGCUUGGUACAAAUGUUCAUUCUUUAACGAGGAAUACAGAAAAGUCGUUGAAACACUAUAAUGAUUGCUUGGACAUGAUAAUAUGUGAGACUCCAACAGAAAAAUGUUAUUUGGGUGGAUGUAACAAGUGUCCAGGGGUAGAUGAGUUGAGUAACAUUUUACUGACAUGUUUUGAGAAUCAGGAAAUCGAGAAUGUCACGUACAAGCGUUGGGUAUCAAAACCAAGGAGCAGUUUAGAAACUUUUAUACAGCCUACAGAAGAAUUUAUUGAAAAUCUUUGUAGUGAAUUGAAAGUUCUUCUACCUCACUCAUUCAUUGCAAAAGAACAAGCUAAGUUUUUAAAAAGAUUAAAGGAAACACUAAAACCAAAUGAAUAUGUCAUUAUUUGUGAUUUUGCAGAGAAUUAUGCGUUCGUAGUACAAAAUGCAGCAUCUGGUUUUCACUGGAAUAAUGAUCAGGCGACAGUUUUUCCGUCUUCCUGAACGCUGUAACAAGAUUUAUUACUUUUCUGAUGGGGCUCCUCAACAGUUUAAAAACUUUAAAAAUUUUGUUAAUUUGUACUACCAUGAAGAUGAUUUUGAUAUUCCUGCUGAAUGGCAUUUUUUGCAACUGCCCAUGGCAAAGGUCCGUGUGAUGGAAUUGGUGGUAUCCUCAAACGACUUGCAGCAAGAGCAAGUCUCCAGCUUGCGGUAGAUAAACAAAUAACAACACCUAUAGGACUUUACGAAUGGACUUCUGAUCCGGAUAACUUGCCAAAUAUCAUAGUCAAGUUUUCUCCAGAAGAAGACUAUAAUACAGCAUUGAACGACUUGAAUGACAGAUUUACAAAAACGAAACCAAUUGUAGUAACUCAACAACUACAUUGUGUAAUCCCC